AUGGCGUCCUGGGAUCCUCCUCCACGCAAAAAAGCUCUUUGCUUUGCGCUUGACGUUGCUGCCGGCCGCCAUGCAUUGUCCAAGCUCAUCCCCGUCGUGCUGUGGCUCGCAGACGCCGUGCUCUGUGGCCUCAUUAUCUGGAAAGUACCAUAUACCGAAAUCGACUGGGUGGCCUACAUGGAGCAAGUUGCACAAUUCGUCGCCGGAGAACGAGAUUACACCAGGAUGGAGGGAGGGACGGGACCGCUGGUGUAUCCGGCUGCGCAUGUCUACGUGUACACGGGGCUAUAUCACUUGACGGAUCGUGGCAAGAAUAUUCUUUUGGCGCAGCAGAUUUUCGCAGUGCUGUACAUGGCUACAUUGGCUGUGGUUAUGCUGUGCUACUGGCAGGCCAAGGUCCCGCCAUACGUCUUCCCAUUGUUGAUUCUCUCCAAGCGCUUGCAUAGCGUUUUCCUGCUCCGGUGCUUUAACGAUUGCUUCGCCGCAUUCUUCAUGUGGCUGGCUGUAUACUCCUUCCAGAGGCGGCAGUGGACCAUGGGCAGCAUAGCGUACAGUUGCGGGCUGGGGAUCAAGAUGUCACUGCUGCUCUCACUGCCGGCUGUAGGCAUAGUUCUGUUCCUGGGACGGGGCUUUGCGGGAAGUCUUCGACUGGCGUGGCUCAUGGGCCAGGUGCAGGUUGUCAUUGCGCUUCCAUUCUUGGCCAAGAACUGGCAGGGCUAUUUGGGCAGGGCGUUUGAGCUCUCGAGGCAGUUCAAGUUUGAGUGGACCGUCAAUUGGCGCAUGAUGGGCGAGGAAUUGUUUCUCAGCAAACCGUUUGCCGUGGUUCUACUUGUCCUACACGUCUUGGUACUCUUGAUCUUUGUCACUUCUCGGUGGCUGCAACCGGCUGACCGACCACUGCUAUCGUUGAUUUCCCCUAUGCUCCGCGGCGGGUCCGCCCUUACUCCAGCGGAAGAACUUGAAGUGUCGAGCAGAGUCACCCCUGACUAUGUCAUGACCACGAUCCUCUCAGCCAACAUCAUUGGGCUGCUGUUUGCAAGGUCGUUGCACUACCAGUUCUAUGCUUAUCUGGCUUGGGCUACUCCGUAUUUGUUGUGGAGGGCUUGGCCAUAUACCCCCGUGGUUUACCUGCUGUGGGCAGUUCAAGAAGCGGCAUGGAAUACCUUUCCCAGCACAGACCUCAGCUCAACAGCUGUAGUGAACGUGCUUUUGAUAACUGUGGUGCUGGUCUAUUGCGGCACCUCGAAGCCCGUCCGGUCGGGGGAGCGAAAAAAAGCAAAGGCUUCCAAAAAGGAUAGGUGA